AUGCCUGUUCAACUACUGCCAGCUUCUGCGGCCGCUUUUGCUCCCAGAGCCUCAUCAGUCAAUGUUGUGCUGGGUUCCAAGGUCGAGCCGUGGUUGACUCAAACCCUCAAGCGCAUCAACAGGAUUAAGCGCCCUCUCAACAGCGUCCCUCAACACCAAAGAUGUCUAACCGAGACCCUAUCCUCACCGAACGCUAUUUGGACUCUCACCUCCAUCAUGCUUCCCAAGGCUCCCGAAUCUGAGCUGCGCCAGGACUCCAAUCCUCUGGUCGAGGCCGUCUUCAACUACCAGCUCCUCCACAUCGAGGCAUACAUCGUCCAUGUUGACAUGGUUCUGCGCAACGAGGUCGCCUUCAAGUUGACUACCGAUUCGAUAGAAGCCCUUGUCGAGUAUCACAAGGAGAUUCACUGUGUCGACAGCAAGGCUAAGACAUACGACUGGUCUGAGAAGGAUCAACAGUGCAAGAAGUUACACGACGACUUCGUCCAGUCCAUCAACAAGUUUGUUUACAGGACGCAUGUCUCCGCCUUGGAAGGCCUCGAGGAGGACGGUGCCGGUGAGCUGCUCUCGGGUAAGAGCGAUGAAGUCAAGAACAACAUCAUGGGCCUGAUGAAGCCCCUGCUUCCGCCUCCGCCCCGUGUCGUGGAUGUCAUUAGACAACCUCCUCUGUUGCCCAGCUCACCCGCAAACGUCAACAUGUGGUCGCAGCCUACCACUCCGGCCAACUUGCCCACCGUCGACGCAUGGAGGGUGCUUCCCUCAAGUCCGAGUAUCACGACUUCCCAGGACUCCACACCCAUUUGGGCAAACAUUGGUAUGAGUGAGGUUCAAAUUCCCUCUCCCACGCCUUCGUACAGCCAGCCCUUUUCCACUGCCGGCUUCUUCUACAGCUCGCCUGGCAUCACGGCACCCAUCCCGGCGUUGCCCCUGCCUAGCAUGUUCACUCCCCAAUGUGGCGUGAGCAUCGGCUACGGCGGCUUCGGUUGGGACCGUUACCAGGAGUACACGACGACGAUGUGA